CAGAGCAUCCAGGGACUCUUGCCGCAUUGGAAAGCGUUUCCAGGAGGACUGGUUGGCCUGUUUGCUGUAGCCCACACCGAGCCCCACCAUGUUCAGCAGGUUUAAAAAGUUGAUGGGGGCUCCUGAGCCUCCCUCUGGUGAAGGUGAGGCCACGCCUCCUACCCCACCUCCACCAGCUAAGGAAGAACAGCCCCCUGAAAAGAAGGAUGACGAAGAGCAGCCAAAGAAAGAGGACAAAAAACAAGAAGGGAAGACAGAGGGGGACAAAAAAGAAGAGAAGAAAGAAGAAGAGCCCAAGAAGGAAGAACCACAACCAGGUGAGAGGUCUAAUAUUUUGAGCUGAUGUGGCUGCAUGCAGAUCAUUGACACUUUGUCUUUCUGACU